UCUCGUCCAAACCGGACCAAACGGCACCUAAAGACCCGAGUGAUAUUUGGGAGGCACGACUAAGGACGAACGUAGCGACGUCUGGAGCCUGAAAUCGACCGCUGCUGAAACACGACUCUCAGAUAAUGGCGGAAGAGACCGAAACUAUGUCGUCACAGGUUCAUCAGCCACAUCCUCCUUCCUCUUCUGAAUCUACUACUACUACAUCCACCCAGAAAUCUCACUCCGAAGGCAUUCCCACCCAAUCGCAGGUUCCAGUAUUUUCUGGUUUUCCAGCUUCCCCAAAUGGUGAUUUUCAGAUGUUCCCAGUCAUGUACCCUGCACUUGUGCCAGGCUUGAAUACUUUGCAAAAUCAGGAACAGAUUAAUCGUGGGGCCGGCAUUUAUGCUGUUCCUGUUUUCCCAUAUAUGGGGCCUGUUGCUGGACUUCCACCAAACACUCUUAUUCCUCUGACCUACAACAUACCCACUAGACAAAGUCCUGAAGCUAGGGCCUUGGGUGAAGAGCAUGGGCAGCCAGGGCAGCAGCAGCAGCAGCAUGCACCUCAAAGACAAGUCAUUGUUAGAGGAUUUCAAAUAGCUUUUCAGCUUGAUUUGUUGCUUAUUGUAAAGCUGGCAGCAGUAAUCUUUUUAUUCAAUCAAGAUGGAUCGAAACAGAGGCUUGUUGCCCUUUUGUUUUUUGCUUCACUUGUCUACUUGUACCAAACUGGAGCUCUGACCCCGAUAGUUAGAUGGCUUUCACAAGGCAUGCAGAGGGGAGCUGCCCCUCCCCAUCCACCAAGACCACCUGUCAGGGCUGAGAAUGUUCCGGCUGCUGCAAGACAGGGGGUUGAGAAUGCUGCUGUAGCAGAAGGUCAACCUGGAGAUCAUGUCGAGCAUCAGCCUGCAAAUGAUGGGAAUCAAGAAGUCGAGAAUGAGAAUGUGGCAGAACCUGGUGGCGGCGAUCGUGCUAAUAAUUGGUGGGGGAUUGUGAAGGAGGUCCAGCUGAUUGUCUUUGGUUUUAUUACUUCCCUUCUCCCAGGCUUCCACAACAUGGAUUAACUCAUACUUUGCAGGUGAGUAACCCCUUAUAAUCAGUUCAGAAGCUAGAAACAUAAUAAGUGUAAAGUAUUUAUCAUUCGGCAUAGCUAUAACUGGAAGCAGGGACCAGUGUGGUGUGGUGUGGUGUGUAUUUUGGAUGUACUAGUUUUUGUAUGUUUAACAUAGAUGGUAUCAAUAUAUUUUUGUUUUAUAAAACUUAUUACAUUACUUGUGGAGAA